AUGCUUAAGAAUAUUCUAAGUAUUAUAAAAAAGCCAAACGUUAAAACCUUUCUACCAAACGAACCUUUGCUUUCGGACCGACCUCCUUCUACCGAUAUACCAAGCACUACGGCUAAAAGAAAUAACGCAAGCCAAAAUAAGUUAAUUGAUAAAGCAAUUGAGAAUCAAGCGAUUGAGGGUCAAGCGGCUAAAGGUCAAGCGGCUAAGGGUCAGGCGGCUGAAGGUCAAGCGGCUGAAGGUCAAGCAAAUAAGGACGAAGCACAAAAAGGUGAAGCAGAUACAAUACGCGGCGAAAGCGUAGAAGAAGAAAACUUAAAUUUGCAAGGUGAACAAACUAAUAAGCAUUUACAAAAAUUCUUAACCUUACUUUUGCUAAGCGCCGCGCUAUUACAACUCGACAGCCAUUCGAAAUUCUUAAAACCCUGCGCGGUAUUGCAAGUCCAUAACAAAGAACCGAUUUAUCCUCGUCCUUUUCUCGCCGAAUUUCUCAAGGUCAAGCUAACCUCGAUCCGCAAUCGUACUAAAAAAGCUUUCGCGCAAAAAGCUCUUAAAAGAUCUCUCACUGUCCCGGGCCUAAUUAUAGCUACAAAAACCGCGACGAAGACGAUGCUUUAUAAUGAUACAGAUAAAAAAGAGCAAGGCGAUAAUAAAGAAAACUCAAGUGAAAAUGAUAUUCCUCUCUCUCAAUACAAAAGAGCUAAAAAAUCAUUCUCGACGGCUAAAGCUGCUCGCUCCGUUCCAUCAGCUAGCAAAUCACUUUCGGCAGCUAAAACUUCUUCUCGUUAA